AGAAAUGUUUUUUUGUAUGCAUCAGUCAGAGCUAAAACAAAUUUUAGUACUCUUGUAAAAAAUCAUGCGAUCGCUCUACUCCAUUAAUUUCUUUCUGUUUCUGGGUGUGCAUUUUUGUGUGCAGGGUUUUCUGCUCUGGGCCUCUUUUGCCCCAUACCGCUCGCCUGUGAGUUGAGGCCCUGACUCCCUUCCCACAGAAGGGAGAGUCCCUUCUCUCUGAAGAUGAACUCCACGGACCACCUUCAGGACGCUCCCAACACCACCUUGCUCCACAUGCGUCACUCCCAUGGAGGAAACAGCACCACACUACAGGAGGGCCUCCAGGACCUCAUCCACACCGCCACCUUGGUAACCUGCACUUUUCUACUCGCAGUCAUCUUCUGCCUGGGCUCUUAUGGCAACUUCAUUGUCUUCUUGUCCUUCUUUGACCCAGCUUUCAGGAAAUUCAGAACCAACUUUGAUUUCAUGAUCCUGAACCUGUCCUUCUGUGACCUCUUCAUCUGUGGAGUGACAGCCCCCAUGUUCACCUUUGUGUUGUUCUUCAGCUCAGCCAGUAGUAUCCCAGAUGCUUUCUGCUUCACCUUCCAUCUCACCAGUUCAGGCUUCAUAAUCAUGUCCCUCAAGACCGUGGCAGUGAUUGCCCUGCACCGGCUCCGCAUGGUGUUGGGGAAGCAGCCCAAUCGCACAGCCUCCUUUCCCUGCACCCUGCUCCUCACUCUGCUUCUCUGGGCCACCAGUUUCACUCUUGCCACCUUGGGCACCCUGAAAACCAGCAAGUCCCACCUCUGCCUUCCCAUGUCCAGUCUGAUGGCCGGAGAAGGGAGAGCCAUUUUGUCUCUGUAUGUGAUCGACUUCACCUGUUGUGUCGCUGUGGUAUCUGUCUCUUAUAUCAUGAUCGCUCAGACGCUGCGGAAAAAUGCCCAAGUCAGAAAGUGCCCCCCUGUGAUCACAGUAGAUGCUUCCAGACCACAGCCUUUCAUGGGGGCCCCUGGAAAGGGGGGUGGAGAUCCCAUCCAGUGCACCGUGCCGGCUCUCUACAGGAACCAGAAUUACAACAAACUGCAGCACGUUCAGACCCAUGGAUACACCAAGAGUCUUAACCAGAUGCCAACUCCGGGGGCCAGCCGGCUCCAGCUGGUCUCUGCUGUCAAUCUCUCCACGGCUAAGGAUUCCAAAGCGGUGGUCACCUGUGUGAUUAUAGUGCUCUCCGUCCUUGUGUGCUGUCUUCCACUGGGGAUUUCUUUAGUGCAGGUGGUCCUUUCCAGCAAUGGGAGCUUCAUCCUUUACCAGUUUGAACUCUUUGGAUUUACCCUUAUAUUUUUCAAAUCAGGAUUAAACCCUUUUAUAUAUUCUCGGAACAGCUCAGGGCUGAGGAGGAAAGUGCUCUGGUGCCUCCAGUAUGUGGGCCUGGGUUUUUUCUGCUGCAAACAGAAGACUCGACUUCGAGCCAUGGGAAAGGGGAACCUGGAAAUCAACAGAAACAAAUCCUCCCAUCAUGAAACAAACUCUGCCUACAUGUUGUCUCCAAAGCCCCAGAAGAAAUUUGUGGACCAGGCUUGUGGCCCAAGUCAUUCGAAGGAAAGUGUGGUCAGUCCCAAGAUCUCUGCUGGACACCAGCACUACGGUCAGAGCAGCUCCACCCCCAUCAACACUCGGAUUGAACCCUACUACAGCAUUUACAACAGCAGCCCCUCCCAGGAGGAGAGCAGUCCGCAUAACUUGCAGCCAGUAAACUCUUUUGGAUUUGCUAGUUCAUAUAUUGCCAUGCACUAUCACACCACUAAUGACUUAAUGCAAGAAUAUGACAGCACGUCGGCCAAGCAGAUUCCAGUGCCCUCUGUUUAGGCUCGUGGAGGCUGGAGACUCUUGCAGAAACUGUUUUUGUUUCUGAUACUAUUUGAUUUUUUCCCCCAUUUCUGUGAGACCCGUGGUAGAUGAAAACUUCAAGAUCCAGCGGAACAGUUGGCAGUUCUGAUUUUCUUCUGUCUGAAGUAUCAGCAUCUAUUGAUUUGCUUUGUGGUUUCUUGACCUUUUAAGAUUUGAUGUAAAAAUUUAUUAUUUAAAUUUUUUACCCUGACCUGCGCUCCAAUCUUUUGUACUAAACGUUUAAAUAGAUGCCAGGAAUGAUCACGCUAAUGUAUUGAAGGAGAAUGGACUGAUUACGAUCAUUUGAGUCAGUGUUCGGGGCCUUCAAAGUAUACCUGAGUUGGAUUUUUUUUAAACAAUAUGAAGGUAUGAUCUUCACUGAGGCGAAUUUUUUAUUAAUUGUACUGUAAAUUUUGAUUCUGUAAUGUGUUGAAAUGGGGAGCAAUACACUUUUCUGGUAGCAGGCUUAUUUGAAUAAAUAAUACAUUGUCAAAGCAGAAAAUCAGAAAUAUAUUAUCUAUAAUUACCUUUACCCAAGACACACAGGCAUUAAGUACUUUCCUUUCAUAAGACAGUCAGCCAAGAAUACAGUAUUAUGAUUAUUACCAUUUCUUAUUAUAGACAUUACUAUUUUGUGUGAGUUGAUUAGCUUUAAAGCUUUUUAAAAAGAAAUCUGUUUUUGCUUGCUGAAAACGCCUUAUUCUAUUUUGGCAUGAUCUUACCCGAGAGCCCUUGGUGAAGAGGACCGACCUGUAGUGGAGGAAUGUGAUUUCUGGGUGCAUGGACACUAACGGUGGUUAUCUCAAUCAGGGUGUGGUGAUGUGGGAAGCAAUCUGAACUGCCAUUGUGUGUUAGAAGAUCUUUAUCAUUGCUUAAGAAGCUGUAAGAAUGACAAUGGGAGUAUUUCGUUUGACUCGUUCCUUCUCUGUAAGGAUGGUUUGUUAACAACCUAACAGAGUAUCCCAGGUUUGGAAAUCUUUUUUUUUUUUUUUUUGUCCUUGUUUAUGUAUCACUAUGAUAGAAAAAUUCUUAAGACAAUCUGUUUUCAAACUAAUCGUGUUAUUUCUCUCCCAUUAAUCUUGGACAUGGGCAGUAAAGGAAAACUAGAUGAAGUAUUUCUAUACCUUAUGCUAAUUUUAUUACAUACCCCGUGAUUCCUAGCAUAACAACUGUAAAUUCAUAUUUUUAUGUAAAAACAUUUUCAUUAUAGAGUUAGCAUUUGAACUCGCUGCAGUUUUGGAACUAUAGCUGCCAAACUCCAGACCAGCAUCAAGAUCCAAAACCUAUCUUUAGAGGAAAAUUGUUAUAGUCAAGAACUGUUAUUGCAGAUUGGAAGGAACUUUGUUGUUUUGAAAGGUAUCCAGUUUAUAGCUCCCUCUCCAGGCCUUUCCCAAAUACAAGAUUCCUUGGGGAAGGGGGGUUGGGACACAGGACAGAUGCUCAUCUGGAACUCUGUGCAGCCUUGUCCAACACCUCUCGCCUUCCAGCACCCACCAGCCAUUCUAUUUCUGAGAUCUGAGUAUGAGAUAUGGGUUUUACUUUGUUUUUAAAUUCGCCUUUUAGAACUUUGUCCUUCCCUUCCUUCUCUCCCUUUCUUCCUUUAUUUUUGUUAUUAGAUUUUAUAACAGAAGAGAAAAUCUCUACUCUGUCACAUUUUUUCUUGUUUGUAAUUGAAUGCUAUUUUUGAAAAUCACUAUAACCUAUUUCAGUUAUGCUUUUAUAUGUUUAAUACAACACUGUUUUCAUUUAUUAAUAUUCCCACAAGAUUAAGUAAUAUACUAACCAGGUAAUAUAUUACCCUUUUUAAAAAGCACUAAGAAAUCCAAUAUCCUUUCCCAAGGUCAUUUGAAGAAUUGUGGAAAAUUAGGAAUGAGACUUUUGUCUUAAUUUAGAACUGGGUAUUUAUUCCAAUAAGCCAAACAGCUUUAUAAUUAAUAACAUUAAUCAAGAAGACACUUCUUGAUUAAGACUUUUUAAGGUAUGUAUCUCUUUUUUGGCUAGGCAUUUCCAGUGUGAUUCAAUAAAAGAUUUUUUAAAAGUAAUUUCUACUUGUAAAAUUUAAAAUGUCAGGUUUUCUUGUGUGACCUUUGAGUUUGAGAUGACCCAUCUUUGGGAAGUAAAAGUUAUAAUAAUAUAAAGAAAAAUAAGCAUGUGCAUAUGAGGUGUUCUUUCUCUGUAUGCUCAUCAAGAAAUUAUUGAUUUAACUUGCAUGAAAUACAUGUUGGGCUAGAUUCUUAGCCUUCUCCACAUGUAUCUUUGUAUCUAUGUGGAGAUACAGAGAUAAAUAAAACUUAUCUCUUCACAAGUUACAUAUAUAUAUCUAUUUAUAAAAAUAUAUAUA